GAGGAGCUCAUCUGCAUUCGCACGUUUUGCCCACGAGCUGGAGUGGUCGAGUUUGAAGUCCAGUAGCUGGUUCCAUGUCAGUGGCAUUACACCACUCUUGGGCGACAAUGCACAGAGAAGUUGGAAGGCAGCUAUGCAUGAGGCGACUUCUUGCCUUCCAGUGUCCUUGGACCUCAACCAUCGGAAACAAUUAGGCACCUUAUCGGAGCUUUGGAACAUCGUCUCCCCUUUCUGCAGUGCUUUGGAGGUGUUGAUUCUUUCGACUGAUCAGUUGAGUGGCCUUGCAGAACUGCUCCUCAACACGAGCUUGGAAGGUGACUCUGACACUGUCUAUUUGCACAUCAUGUCACGCUUAAUCCGGCAGCUGAAAUGUAAGCGCCUGGCAAUGUGCGUGAAGAACCGGGAUGAUUCAACCGGGCUUCAGACACGUUGGAGUUUGUUGACCGAGCUCGAUGGAGAUUCUGUCCGAGAGCAUCGGUCGAUCCCUAUCUCUCAUGUCCCCAAGGAUGAAUGCGGUGGCGGAAGUGCUUGGGCAGCAGGUCCGGUCCAGAGGGUUUUGCCAUCGCUUGUAGCUUGCAGGCCGCUCGAAACAAAGAAACAGGACAAUUAAGAACGGUCUAAUAUAGUUGCUAUCGAUAACUCCAGCAGAUUGGGGCCUCCACCGUAGUAGCGACGGCCUCCAUUCAAUAGCGUCCUUGUUACUAGUAGCUUCUUGUUACCAGUAGCAAGGCCAGGAGCCCCUAGUAGCGUCCUUGCUCCUAGUAGCGAUGCCAGGAGCCCUAGUAGCGUGCUUGUGCCAUGGCGCCCCUGCAGGUCUGAUCCAUGCGUUGCACGUCGACUCCUUGACCAUCCCCGAGGCCUUGCGGCGAGCUGAUCUCCUUUCAGCGCUCAGUCAAAACACUGAGGGCGACUUCUCCCGAGUGAGCAUCCAGGAGCUUUCGGCUGCGGAAGAGCGCCAGAUUCCAUCCAGCUCCACCUCACUGGUCCAUCAUAUAUCAGCUACAUCAGGUCCCAUCGUUUCUGUUCCAUCUUUUGCAGUUGACGCAGCCGAAGUCAUUGAAAUGACUUUGAAGAAGAUGAAAGAUGCCAAGGUGUUGCCAAUCUUUCGAGUCAAGGGUGAUGCACAGGUGGCUAUCAAUAGAGGGGUCGAAUUGGCAUCCUUGGGAUGUAAAGCCAUGGAGGUCACCAUGGAUAGUGCUGAUUGGCAGCUCAUCUUAUCAUCCCUGCAUCAGCGACUUCCGGAUGUGAUUUUGGGUGUGGGCACGGUGAUGGAUGACACCGUGUCCCAAAUUCCCUUGGCCAAGAGUCUUGGAGCUUCUUUCGCAUUAUCUCCCAUUGAUCCGAUCGGCUUUAUCGAAGUUUGCAAGAAUCUCGGUGUCCUGGCGGUCCCAUCUGCCUUCACCAGCAAUGAAUGUUGGUCGAUGCACCGGCGAGGUGCACGUCUCAUCAAACUCUUUCAUGCGGGCUUGGCGUCUCCUGCCAUCCUGAAAGCUAUGCUGGAUGUGACACCCUUGGGUGAAAACUUGAACAUUUUGCCUUCUGGUAGCGUGUCUCCAGGCAAUGCAUCUGAAUGGCUCAAGGCCGGUGCAAGUAUCGUAGGUAUGGGUAGCAACUUGGUCGGCAAGGACAUCUCACUGAAACCUGGAACAGCCGAAUUCCACGCCGCAGUUGAUGAUUGGAGAUCUAAAGGUCGGCCCAUUGUGGAGAAGAUGCUCAAAGACUUAGCUUUAUUGACGCCGUAAACUGCUGAGCCGUUCCAGUUGGGCCUCGGUUGGGUCUCGGUCGUGUCCCUCCUCAGAUCAUAUCUGCUCUGGCAAAAGGGAGCAAGGGCAGAAGAACGGCGUGGAUAAGGAGCUCUUGGAAGGGACAGUGACAUAGUUUUGAAGCGUUUUGAACGAUCCACCGGAAUCCACCCUAUGGAGUCACUUCAAUUCUUCUUUCCUUUGGAGUCACCAAGUCUUCAAGAAGAGCUGUCGGAGCCAUCGACACCGUCAACGGCCAAACCAGCAGGUUUUCCAUUUGGAUACCUUGCACGACCAAAGUGUUUGCGG